GUUCUGCUUUUAAAUAAGGAAGAAGCGGGAGGCGUUGAUGCAACUUUGUGUACUCAAUAUCUCAUUCACAGUGUCGCUUACGGCUUCGGAGUAAAGCGACUCGGUUAGGAAAAAGUAUCCACAACAGAUACUAAUACACACGCGCAGCUAUUUGAAGCCCGCUUUACCUCAGAUGUAAUAAUUGCUGGGCUGGUGUCUCGCGUGUUAGCAGCUGGUUAGCUGGUUGAGCUAAAGAUCAGCGGUGUGGGUUUAUCUGAACUGGUUUAGUCGUGUUUAAGUCAAGGAUUCAGCUACUUUUAUCUAACAAAGCUGGUUAGCAGUGGCAUACGGAUGAAGGGCAGAGGGAGCCCGCGUUUGGGACUGCGCUGACAGUCCUAAGGACUUAUCCCGCUAUAAUCGAGGCUUUCGGUCUUUCAUCAUGUUUAAUAAGUUCUACGAAUGGAUCGGAACCGGAAUCGCCAGUCUGCGAAACGGAGCUCCCGCUGGUGGGGUUCAUACCGGUUCCGUGAGAGUGGAUCAGGACGGGACAUUACGGAGAAAGAGACCGUUAGACUGUUUGGAAGAUGGAGAUUCAGCUGAUCAGGAGGAGGAGAAAGUGGUGAAGAAAUUCAAAAUGGGAGAUAUUAUGGAUACAGUGAAAAAUGCAGCUGAAGGAGUGAAGACCCAUGGUUCGAGCGUUGCGUACUGGGUAAAGAACAGUGUCGUACCUAACCCAGGCAAUGUGCUGCCCGUAUCAUCAGGUCCACCUCAAACAGGAAUACCAUCUGACCCCGCUGCCAAUUCUGCUAAAUCAGCAUCUUUGUGGUCAGAAAACAGGUUUGGGGAUCGGUCACAUGAUAUACUUGAGGACACAUUUGUAGCUCCCUCUGGUACAGUUGACUGGAGGACCGUCACGAAAUCUGAUUCCUUGCAAACUGAAGAGUCGGUGACCAUAUCAAAAGCGAGCAGAAGACAAGUUUGUAUGGACCAUCCACCCCAUGAGACACACAAAACUAAUGGACACUCUGUUAACUUACCCUCUGCCUCCACUCCAAAACCAUCCCCCUCUCCCCGCUUGGGCAGAUCCCUCUACCACCGACCACACAGCUUUUUGUCGUCAUCUGAGACCAGUUCAGGAAAAGCGACUUACGCUAGCCUGUAUGAGAAGACCUUUCCCAUCCGAGUGGUCCAGAGUCCUUCACAUGGCAGCUCAAACCGUCUCCUCCGGGCCAGAGCACGCUGUACAGCACAGGAGUCUGUGCGUGAGGAAGAAAAAGAGGUAUACAGGCAACUCUUAGCUAUUGUGUCUGGUGGCCAGUCGACCUUCCUUCAUGAUGGAAGUUCUCACUCCAGCAUUCGCUCGCAUCGAGAUUUCUCCAGCAUCCUGUCAUCCAGUCGAAGUCGUCUUCAUUGUGCCUCUCCAGCAGGCUCCGGCGCUGGCAUGUCGUCCUACGGGUUAUCCAGUCUGCCUCCCAGCCCCCAGCCUGGGUCCAGCCAGGCGUCCAGUGCCCUGCCAAGUCCUGGUGCGUCCUCUAGCAUUCCAGAGCCUCAGCUAUGGGCCCAUGACCUUGAGCCCAGCGGAAAAGGACCAGCUGUUCCCUCAGCUCCCUCACCAGCUGCCCUUCAGGAUACCUCCUCUCAGGACACACAGUCAUCAGCUCAUGACGGAGAUUCAGUCAUUUUUGUAAAGGAGAAGCAGGGCAAGAAGCUUGAAAGCUCAAGUGUGCCAUGCUUCCAGGCUGAACUGUGGAUCAAAGAACUGACUAGCCUCUAUGAUUCUCGAGCUCGGGAGCGACGGAGGUUGAUUGAAGAGCAGGAGGCUCUGGCCUCUCAGCUCCUGCGCCAGCGCCUCUCUGGCGAGGGUCGAGCCGUCCCAGCGAGUGUUGAGCUAAAGGUUCGAGUCCCUCUAGAGAAGGAGGUUCCUGUUGCAGCUGUUAUUCAAAAGCCUCAGCAUAUUAAAGAAGAGCCAGAAUUCCCAGAGUUAACAGAGAACAUGGAGAAGGAGGUGAGCAGAGCUCUGAGAGGAGGCGGUCAGGAUGAGGUUCUCAGCGAGGGCUUCCGUCUCACCAUCACCAGAAAGGACCUGCAGACGCUCAACCACCUCAACUGGCUCAACGAUGAGGUUAUUAAUUUCUACAUGAACCUGCUGGUGGAGCGCAGUAAAAAGCCCAACCUGCCCUCUGCUUACACCUUCAACACCUUCUUCUUUCCCAAGCUGCGGAGCUCCGGUUACAAUGCUGUCCGCCGUUGGACCAAGAAAGUGGACAUCUUUUCUGUAGACAUCAUAUUGGUGCCUGUCCACCUGGGGGUGCACUGGUGCCUGUCUGUGGUGGAUUUUCGUAAGAAGAGCAUCACUUACUUUGAUUCAAUGGGAGGAAACAACGACGAGGCCUGCAGGAUAUUAUUAAAAUAUCUGAAACAAGAAAGUGAAGACAAGAAGGGGCAGAACUUGGACACCUCAGAAUGGACUCUAAAAAGUAAAAGGCCCAAUGAGAUUCCUCAGCAAAUGAACGGAAGUGAUUGCGGAAUGUUCACAUGCAAAUACGCCGAGUACAUCACCAAAGACCGGCCAAUCACAUUCACACAGAAACACAUGCCCUAUUUCAGAAGACGAAUGGUAUGGGAGAUUCUGAACCAGAAACUAUUGUGAUUGGAUGAUUCUUUUUUAUAGAACAUAUUUUGACAUGAUGUAUGGAUACGAGGGCUUCUGUGCACUUCAGGAACCCCGAGACAAAUAUGGGAUGCCCUCAAUCGCCGGUGGUUUCUAUGCUGUCUAAAUGAAACUUGAGGAAGUCCUCAUGCAACUAAGUGUGACACAGUCUCAGCCUUUAAGAGUCAAGGGCAAUGCUUUUAUGCCCAUUUAUGGUUCCCUAUAACUUGACAUGCUUUUGCUUUGUCAGCAAAUGUUAUGUUACUGACUAUGGAAGGAUGUUAUUUUCAUAUGUUCAGUCUUUUCUUCUGCAGUAUCUGUCAAUGUAAGGCCUGUCUUUUAAGAUGAUUUCAAACGAUCAUUUCUGGUGAUUGGAAGUGUGUGUGCGAGCGCGCUUGAUCUCAAAUCAUCAGAAGUCAUAAAUGUUACAGUAAUAUGAGUGAGAUUUACAUUCAUGUCUUUUCACUCAGUGACUAGUAAAAUAGCUGGAACUGACAAUCCCAGACUCACUCAGUGGUUUUCUAAUGAAAAGCAGCAGUUUACUUAAUAUUUGUGAUAUUUGAUACCUGUAUGUUUUAUACAGAUUCUGUCAAGAUAAUUAUACAAUUAUUUUUAAGUAAGAGACUCAGAGUUGCCUUUUUGGAUAGACAAUUUUUUAAAGCUGAAGUUUUGUGGUUCUGUGGUAAAGUGAGUUUUGUGGUCCUUUUUUCCCUAAUGUGAUUACACACGAGAACACAUGCUGUAAUACUUUUGACUUCAGUAUGUUUUGGGAUGGAGUUCUGCCUUUACAGGAAUAUGUUUAUCAUUUGUUUUUUGUUUUUUUUUAUCAGUAUUUGGUGGCUUUGUAAUAACUUUUGUCUAAUGAUCAUUUCAGUUGUCUCAGACAGGCUGCACUUAACAUUUAUUUGCUUUUUCACAACCCAGCAUUGUCAUACAUCUUGCUUUUGUUCUGUUCUCAUUUGAGGUUACUCCGUUCUUCCUUUUUGUGUAAGAGAAAACUAUUUUUGGCAACUGUUUCUAUUUUUUUUUUUCUUGCAGGAUAUUGACAAUUAUUGUAUAUACAGUGACUAUACGGUAAAAUUGAAGACAUAUUUAAUACUCAUUUUGUACCUUUUAUUAUCUGUUUUUGUAUGUGAAACAGAUCGUACUGGAAGUAAAUUCCUGAGGUUAUGUGUGUAUCAGGAUAAAUGAAAUCAUUUCAAAUGAA